AAUGGUGGAAGCUUGUGUUGAAAUGGUGUUGUAAAUGGCGUUCUAUGGACCCUUUCARAAAAGAGUUUAAGCGUUACAAGCAAAGAAAACCUCCCCCGGACUUGUCUGAAGUUGUUGACUUCCAAGAUCCAGAAAAGUGGCGAGGGAAGGUUUCUUCUGUGGAAUUGAACACUUCUGAAAAUAAAGAUUUAAGUGGAAUUGGUCUCAGAAAUUCUGUAGAAUGGAAAGUGUUUUCUUUAAAUGACUUUCCUGGAUUUCUAUUUGUUACAAAUCCAUUCCUUGAAGGWUUUCAAUGGGAGCUGACUAGGAAGUGUCUUCAAGUGUACCCAUGUAAACCCAAUGUUUCUAACCUUGAUGCGCACAAUGAGGUUAAAGAUAGCAUAUGGGAUACCUGUCUCACCAGUGAGUUUGAUAAAUCAUCUCUGUUAUAUAAACAAAGAUGGGUGACACUUGGUUAUCAUUAUGACUGGAAUACGAAGACUUACAGCCCAGAUGCACAUUCAACAUUUCCUCCUGAUCUUUCUUCACUAUUUGUGACAAUUGCAGAAACUCUAGGAUUCAAUGACUUUCGACCCGAGGCAGGAAUCAURAAUUACUAUCAUCUUGACUCAACACUUGGUGGUCAUACAGAUCAUUCAGAGUUGGAUUUGACAGCUCCAUUGUUCUCCUUGAGUCUUGGCCAAUCAGCAAUCUUUCUUCUUGGCGGCAAAAGUCGCGACYGUGCGCCGACCGCAAUGUACAUGCGCAGUGGAGAUAUCAUGGUAAUGGCGGGAAAUUCGCGUCUUGCUUAUCACGCAGUCCCGCGCAUCUUGGCGCCAAAUGACAAACAGCCGUUGCCAUUAUGUUUAGAACCUUGUYACAMUAAAAAUCCACYAACCGCWGRAGAACUAAAAGRAAMUUCGGUUUCUUCKUGYGAUAAAUGCGAAGAAAGCAAUCAAGCUGAAGAUUCAGGAACACGUUGCAAACGCGCAAAAUACGACAUUGAAGAAAUAUCUCUCGGCUGUGCUGGGAAUUCGAGUAUUUUGGAAGAAGAGACAACGGAAGACAAACUUUUACGAAAAUAUCUAGCAACGUCGCGAAUAAAUAUAAACAUUAGACAAGUUUUAGCCCCUGGAAAGACAUUUCCUAGUUAAUUUUUGAUAAUAAAAAAGCAAAAUAGGACUAAUAGGAUUGGGUUUAAAACUGCAACGCGACUAAGAAUGUACAAAUUUUUCUUAUUGUUUCUUUCCUCAAGAUUUUUAGACAAAUAUAAGUAUUAAUACACA